GGGAAAGGAUCAUGUGACCUGUUAGUACUAAUUGGUACCGGCGCUUUCUACCGCGCGGUUACGGCACGCAGACAGCGGACAGAACGUUGGAAACGACGGCAAGAGUAUAAGAAAGCAAAAGAGAACGAAUGACCAAGGAUCGUUAACGGGACACCGAACGUCAGAUAACGUCGACCGAUCCGCGGACUGAACUCUGUUGGAGUUAAAACCUCAGAGGUCACCAAGGCCACUCGCGCACGGGACUACGACGGAAGGAAAGAUGACUCAGAUCGAUAUUAUGGUGCCGUAUGACAACGGAUACUAUCAGGAUGAGUACAUGACGCAAGAGGAGGAGUGGGACCGGGACCUUCUGCUGGACCCAGCCUGGGAGAAGCAGCAGCGCAAGACGUUUACUGCUUGGUGUAACUCCCAUCUGCGGAAGGCCGGCACUCAGAUCGAAAACAUUGAGGAAGACUUCAGAAAUGGCCUCAAACUUAUGCUACUGCUAGAAGUCAUCUCAGGUGAGAGAUUACCGAAGCCUGACAGAGGGAAGAUGCGUUUUCAUAAGAUAGCCAACGUCAACAAAGCCCUCGAGUUCAUCACCAGCAAAGGAGUCAAGCUCGUCUCGAUUGGAGCUGAAGAAAUUGUGGAUGGGAACGUGAAGAUGACUCUUGGGAUGAUCUGGACCAUCAUUCUCCGAUUCGCCAUUCAGGAUAUCUCAGUGGAAGAAACCUCGGCUAAAGAAGGCUUGCUUUUGUGGUGCCAGAGAAAGACCGCCCCCUAUAGGAACGUCAACGUACAGAACUUCCAUGUCAGCUGGAAAGAUGGCCUAGCGUUCUGUGCCCUCAUACAUAGGCACAGGCCUGACCUCAUCGACUACGCCAAGCUCAACAAGGAAGAUGCCCUUGGCAACCUGAACCUGGCGUUUGCUGUCGCUGAGAAGCAUCUGGACAUCCCUCAAAUGCUGGAUGCAGAGGACAUUGUGAACACCCCUAAGCCUGAUGAGAGAGCCAUAAUGACCUAUGUUUCCUGUUUCUACCACGCCUUCGCUGGAGCAGAGCAGGCUGAGACUGCUGCCAACAGGAUCUGUAAAGUACUGGGAGUGAACCAAGAAAAUGAAAAGCUAAUGGAGGAGUAUGAGAAACUGGCCAGUGAGCUGUUGGAGUGGAUCAGACGCACCACCCCUUGGCUGGAGAACCGAGCAUGUGAGAGAACUGUGGCUGAGAUGCAGCGGAAGCUGGAAGACUUCCGGGACUACCGACGCCUGCACAAACCUCCCAGAGUGCAGGAGAAGUGUCAGCUGGAGAUCAACUUCAACACGCUGCAGACCAAACUACGCAUCAGCAACAGACCUGCCUUCAUGCCCUCCGAGGGCAAGAUGGUGUCGGACAUUGCGAGUGCCUGGCAGGGUCUGGAGCAGGUGGAGAAGGGUUAUGAGGAAUGGCUGUUAACAGAGAUACGCAGACUUCAGCGUGUCGAACACCUGGCUGGGAAAUUCCACCAAAAGGCAACAAGCCAUGAGACCUGGGCCUCAGGUAAAGAGGAGUUUCUCACUCAGAAGGACUAUGAAACUGCCUCGCUAAUGGAGAUUCGAGCGUUACUGCGGAAACACGAGGCAUUUGAGAGUGACCUGUCUGCCCAUCAGGACAGAGUGGAGCAAAUCGCCGCCAUUGCACAGGAACUCAAUGAGCUGGACUAUCAUGGUGUGGCUGCAGUGAAUCAGAGGUGUCAAAGCAUCUGUGAUGUGUGGGAUCAUAUUGGCACACUCACCCAGAAACGCAGAGAGUCCCUGGAGAGGACAGAGAAGCUCCUGGAGACGGUGGAGCAGCUGUUCCUGGAGUAUGCUAAGAGAUCCGCCCCCUUCAAUAACUGGAUGGAGGGAGCAAUGGAGGACCUACAGGACAUGUUUAUAGUGCACAGUGUGGAGGAGGUCCAGAGUCUUGUGGCGGCACAUGAGCAGUUCAAGGCCACUCUUCCAGAGGCGGACGGGGAGCGCCAGGCCAUCCUGGGCAUUUUACAGGAGGUGCAAAAGAUCAUCCAGAGUUAUGGUAUCCGUGGAAACCUUACCAACCCAUACAGCACCAUCAGCCCUGAAGACAUUCUUAGCAAGUGGGACAAGGUGAAGAAGCUGGUUCCUCAAAGAGACAGCUCCUUGCAGGAGGAGCUAGCACGGCAGCAUGCUAACGAGAGACUCCGGCGUCAAUUUGCCACCCAGGCCAACCUCAUUGGACCCUGGAUCCAGACACGGAUGGAGGAGAUUGGCCGAUGCUCUCUGGAGAUGGGCGGGGGUUUAGAGGACCAGAUGACCCAGCUGAAGCAGUGCGAGCAUGUGAUAGUCAGCUACAAGAGCAACAUCGACAAUCUGGAGGGAGACCACCAGCUGAUCCAGGAGUCGCUCAUAUUCGACAACAAGCACACCAACUAUACCAUGGAGCACAUCCGUGUAGGAUGGGAGCUGCUCCUGACGACGAUUGCUCGCACCAUUAACGAGAUCGAGACUCAGAUUCUGACUCGCGACGCUAAAGGCAUCACCCAGCAGCAGAUGAACGAGUUUCGCUCCUCAUUCAACCAUUUUGACCGGAAGAAGAAUGGAGCAAUGGAUACUGAUGACUUCAGGGCCUGUCUCAUCUCCAUGGGCUACGACCUGGGUGAGGUUGAGUUUGCACGCAUCAUGUUGUUAGUCGACCCCAAUGCAACCGGGGUCGUGACCUUCCAGUCCUUCAUUGACUUCAUGACUCGAGAGACUGCCGACACAGACACUGCGGAUCAGGUCGUGGCAUCCUUUAGGAUCCUCGCAACAGACAAGCCGUACAUCCUGAUAGACGAGCUAAGGCGGGAGCUUCCCUGUGACCAGGCUGAGUACUGCAUCGCGAGAAUGCCACCUUACACGGGCCCCGGCGCAGUCCCCGGAGCCCUGGACUACACGGCCUUCUCCACCGCCCUCUACGGCGAGAGUGACCUUUAACCUGGCCGCUGCCUGACCUUGACCUUCGACCCUUUAUCUCCUUCAUUAAAACCCAGAGAAUGUUCCAAAAAAAGGCAGAGAAGAAGUUAAACAAUGAUGCAAAUAAAAUAUGUGGAGCUGAAAUAUAGGCGCCAAAUCUGAAUUAUUUCAUAUAUAAGAUACUGAACUUGAAAACGUAAUUUUUGGAUUUUUAUGAAGAAAAAGUGUGACAAAUUCAGCAGGCGUAAAUUUAGGAAAAGUGUUUACAUUUCAGCUCCUCAUAUAGAAACCAAACUGGUUCAUAUAUUGAUUGGAUUUACUGCCCCCUGUGACCACCUCCCCCUCGUUUUUGACACAUACAACCCUUUGUUCCCGCUAAUGGAAUAUAAGCCACAUAUCAGAAGUGAGUGAUGUAUGUACCACUGCAGUGCUACACGUGUAUUGGUAGUCCUUCACUUUGAGGGCUGGGGUCUCUACCUGGAUUAACCCUAGUCUUGGACCAGUACCUAUGGUGAGUUUCCACCACUGGACCCAGACUUGGACUUAAUCCACUCUGAGAAACUGACCCUCAUGCUCACCAGACCUGUGUGUGUGUGUACAAUGAGUGUGUCGUGUACAUUUGUGUAUGGUUAUAUUUCCAUUAAGGAGAGACAGCUUACUGUAUAAAGCUCUACAUGUGGACAGCCUGAAACACCUGUGAACAGCAAUGUAGGAAUAAUGCGUUAUUCUCACAUAAUAAUGAUAGGAGGUGCGUGAGAUUUACAAAUCUUCUUUUCAUUUUGGUGAAUUGGGAGAAUACAGUAUUAUGGAUGUGGGAAUAUGUCAUUUGUUCCUGUGUCCUUGGAAUGGUUAAUAUAACGUCAUGCAGAUGUUAACAUCAGAAAACACUGUAGCACUGUGGUUGUGAUAGAAACAGUUUAUGGUUGAACACAGUUUGUCGGUGUGAAAUAAAACAUUGAAGGUUACA